AUGGCGGCCGUCGCUGCCGCUCCCGCGGCGGCGCUGGCGGGUCGGUCGUCGCUGAGAAGGGCAUUUCUAUGGUCUUCGCAAGCUCGCCGGCUAUCUCCUCUCAAAUUCCCCUCGUACUCUCGGGGUAAGAGGACGGGUACGGUCAGACCUCGUUGGUUCCUCGUCUCUGGAAACCACGAGAAGGGGCGCGUCUGAACGGCGUAUUUGUCACUUUUUGGUACAGUUCAGGUGCGCCAUUCGGAAGUGGAAGCUCUCGGGAGAGACGGAGUUUUCUGUGAGAUAGCUCCCGGAGGGAUUGCGGAUAAGAAUGUCGCGGAGGCCGUCAAGAACGUAAUUGAGAUGGUACUUCGUUGCAUCACUGUUUUUCUCCCUCCUCCUCGUCAAUUUGUUGAGUCAUAACGUGAUACGAGUCGGUGGAGAGGAUCUUUGUGCCGUUUUGAUUCGUUUUUUGUGGGCGGUGGCGUUCUGGGAGUCACUGUCAGUGUAGGUCUUCCUGACUAUUCAUCGAUUCCUUUUACUCUUUUCAAUAUUCCGAUCGUCAAAACAGUCACGAACAUUGUAUGAAACUGUGUCAAUCCGAAAGCACACAAGAUAGCACAUAUACAUCCCCACUGAUGAAACUUGGAGCUGACUUUAUUCUGGCAUCGUGUUUUCUUUAUUGAUUUCAUGAAUUUAUCGGCUGACUUUUUUCUGCAUUUUAAAAAAUUUCACGGAGGAACCGCCUGGUGACAUCUGCACAUAUCAAAUGUAUGGUUAUAUCAUGAAAUUUGAAUUUGAUCCCUGAGAUUAUUUCGUAUAAAAUAGAUAGUUCUACCAUGUCUUCACUUAUUUAAGUCAAUAUGAUGAAAAUGUUAUUCACUAAUCUCUUUUUGUGGUAUUUCAUCUCUGUGAAAUAAUUAGUCUUCCAUUCAUCGAAGCUAUGUUUCUCAGGUCCGCAAUCGUGUUUCAUCACUUAUGCCAUUGAUUUAUAUUGCGUUGACUCAAUGAUUCUCCUUUAACCAGGCAAGAAGGGCCUCCAUACGAAGAAGCAUCAUACACACAAAUUUUCUUACUCCACCUGUAGUGAAGGAAGCAACAAUGGCCCUAGAGAAGUUAGCUGAUGUCAGGGCCGUGGCCCAGGGAGGAUACCCUCAGGUAAGCGUUACUCUGUACUACUUCUUGUUGACUGCUAGAUUUAACUAAACCCUACUUCUCAUUGCCUAGCCGCAUCCCAAUCGUCUUAAGAAAUAUGUUGUGCCUUAUAUAUGUUUGAAUUGUCAAGGCUGAGCGUUGUCGGAUUUCUGUUGGGCAUCCUGACACCAUGGAAACCACUCCAGAUGCAAUUUCUGCUGUGAGGUAUAUUCAAAUCUCUUAUUAUCGGAAAUCCUAAUGCAUAACUGGCCCAAGAAGGUUCAGAAAUGCAUCUUAUCAUUUAAGAUAGAUCGGUGUGCACUAUUGAUUAUUCAGCAGUAUGUUCGGUGGUCUCCUACACAAGAACGGACUGCUAGCCCUUUGAGAGGAUGAAGCUUGUGCAGGAUGAAACAGAGACUAAGUACGAAACAAUGAGGUUCUAUACGCUGAAGAUGGGUGGUGCUGCUGUGGAUGAACUUAUAUCGGAUCUUGUGCCCUGCAGACUAGGAAAGCAAGCUUCCUGUGUAGAGGGCCUUCAUCAGGGUGCCUUCUUGGUGCCGUCCUCGUUUUUUUUUUUUUUUUUCUCUGAAAGUGUCGUUCGAAAUAAUCUCAAUAUAUGUUGUUAUCCAUUUUCUCAAGGUUAAAAAUCCUUCCAUUUUUUAAAAGUAAGCUACAAAUUUUCUUCGUUCUUAAUGAAGCAACUGAAUAGUCAUUUCUCCCAGAAUCUCAGGGAACUUUGAGUUUGACCCUUGCGCUCAUGGCGACUUCCUUGGAGCAAUCCUGGGUACAGGCAUCGUGAGGGAUAAAGUGGGAGACAUAUUAUUGCAGGUAAAUAUGAAUCUGCCUAAAGUCUCCCUGCUUGUCUGGUGAUCUUCUCUUGGUGCAUAUGCUUUUAUAAGUAUCAAUAAAAUAGUUUUAAAACGCUUUUACCCAGGGAGAAAAGGGUGCCCAAGUCCUCAUCGUGCCAGAACUCGUUGACUUCCUCGUAUCAACAUUAGACAAGGUCAAGGUCUCUUGGCUUACUGUUUCUAUGUAAAUGGUCUGCUCACGGAACCUUAGUACACAUGUUGACCCAACUGUUCUUCAUUUUCUUUUUGUUCAUACAUAUCAAGUGCAGACAAAAGGAAGUUGAAUGAAAUGAUACCGCAUUAACUGGUUUUUAAAGCAGUUAUGAUCGUUUCUUCUUAAGGAUUUACAUUAUAACGCCAAAUUCACGCACAGAUUAUGUAAAAUUUCUGCUGUCGAUCUUCCCCACCCUACAGGUCGGCAAUGUUUCUGUUUCUUGUACGGAGAUACCAUUGCUUGCCUUAGAGUAUGAACCACCAAGGUUGGCGAUCACGUCUCCAUUUGCCUUCAUCUCUUAAAACGGGUGUUUACUCUUCCUUGGUCUUAUCAUCCAUGGCAGGACAAGGUCGUUUAGAACGAUAGAAGCAUCACUCCGGGUCGAUGCCCUUGCCAGCGCAGGAUUCAAGAUAUCACGUUCAAAGCUUGUUUCUUUGAUCAGGUCUGUCUUUUCCAUGAAACCUGGCGAAUUCAUCGCUUCUCAUCCAUCACCUGCGCCGGCCACCCACGUCUCCAUUGAUUCAUCUAACUGUAGAUUGUUUCGUUUCAGCAAUGGAGAUGUGAGGGUGAACUGGUCUCCUGUCACGAAGAACGGAGCCACACUCAAGACCGGCGACGUCGUCUCUGUCAGUGGGAAGGGAAGACUGAAGGUAUCAGCUGCUGGCCAUGAGAAGGUAUCAGAUCUCUCUGAGCGUCAUCUCUGAACAUGAUUCUCCAUGUCACUUGCAGGUUGGGGAGAUCGUUGCUACAAAGAAGGGAAAAUUUUCGGUUGAACUCAUUCAGUAUUUAUAA